AUGAGUGAGGAAAUCCAGACACUAGAGAACUUAACCCCAGAAUUCUCCAAUCAAAGUCUUUAAAGUUUCCUAGGUUAAGGGUCGCAAAUUUCAAACCCAUAAGGGGACUUCUUGUCAUUUUUUCACCUUAGUAUCCCCAGUGAGAAUCCUUCAGCAUGGAAAGCCUAUUUUAUGGGUCCCCAGUUUGUCCUGCUGACUACUGUUUGGUUAAUAACUAUUGCAAAAGUCUAUGGUGUUAAGUAUAUAUGUUCUGGUGUCCUUGUUUCAGUUGAUUAAAUUGCAUCUGUAAAGUGACGACAAUUUUCCAUGAUAAGCGAGUCAUUAAUUUUUUUCAUUGAGCUUAACAUAAUCACCUCACAACUCUCUAAUAUCCACAAUUGUUGAAGGGAAAAAGCUUGCAGAGAUUGAAUGUAGAUUGAAACCUUCAAAAAAGUUGUACUUUCUAACCAAGUGUGAUAUUAAGAUAACGUCCAUGACGAUUGCAUGAAAUUCUGACGGCGAUUUAACUUCCUAUUAUGCCACCCCUCCUGCUCUGCCCCUGCUCACUCGCACAACAGAGCUUCCGUAAUCAGUGAUAUAUACUCUCUAGUAAGUUUUCACUUCAAUACCCCCCUGGGGGAGUACUUCCUUAUAUAGGCUAUAUAGGCAUGUGCGGCCCCAAAGGGUAGGAUUUUCAGCCCUUUUAGUCAUAAAAUAGGUUAUCAAUUUUCGCCAUUUUGGUCAUAAAUCGGGUAUAGUUUUUGCACGCUAAUCUUGAAUUGGGUAUGUUUUAGAAGAACCUACUUUGUCAUCGUUAUCGGUAAGACCAUGAACAAAAGCCCUUCACAAAUUAUGUUUAGGGCAACUGUGCCGGCUGCAACGGUCAUAAAUAGGCUAUCAAAUUUUUGGUCAGGAAAUAAAUAGGGUAGGGAAAAUCGCAGAUUUUGGUCAUAAAUAGGGGACGGGGUUUACGAACUGGGCCGCACAAUUUUUCCGGGAGUAGUCCCUCCCCGGUCGAUAACAUUCGAGCAGUUUUGGCACCACACGACUUCAUUAUGGCCACGAGGAUGUGAGACAGAUCCAGACAUGUGAAAAGGACUCAUCUUGUGCAUAUUUGAUGUGAAAGUUUUCAAGGUCAAGAGGAUGAAAUUAUCGCUUCAAUUCCAGAUGUGUUUUAACACGUUUUCAUCGAUUUGCGGCCGCGAACCUCGCGACCCUCGGCGAACACUUCUUUGCCGAUCUCUGUAAAUUUGUAUGGAACGUUUUGACGAAUACUGUAACUCGAGUACGGAAUCACGAACAGAGCUGGGAAACAGUCAAGUAGAAUUUCCGGUAAUCUCUGAGAACUCUUCAUACUGUUGACCUGUGUAUGCUCUGUGAGGGUACAUGGUUUCGAUUUACUUUGUUGGUGGCCCCGUCAAGUGAAAUCAGCAAUCCCAUUGGUGAAAAACUUUCACGUGACUCGUUUUCAACCUUCCCCUACUUCCUGUGGUGAUCAAACGGGAGAAGUCUGUUAACAACACGCUAAAGUAGUUGGAAAGGUGGACCUUGGCAUUUUAUCAUUUCCAGAUUCAGAACAAUGUCUACCAUGAUAGGCAUUCUGGUGGAUGUCUCUGGCUCCAUGAAAAAUAGUGUUGGUGGCAGAGUGGAGGAGGAAGGUGGAAGAUGGGCAAAGUCAAUCUUCAAAGUGGUGGAUGAAUUGAUCAAGCAUGAUGUCUCGUCUUCAAACCAGACCUUUGCUUUAGCUUUUGGUAGUCCUUUUCAUCCUGAAGUCUUUGAUUUGUUAAGCACUGUCAGUAAAGCAAAUCAGGAACGAGUCUCCAUUGAAGAAAUAACAUCUAGGGCAAGCAAGAGGGACGUGAUAGAUGAAGCAUUGGCUAUUCUUGAAAGAAAUGGAGCACCAAGGGUUCGUCAUUGGGGAAAGAUGGAUGUUUUGCUCAAAGUUGUUGAUGAUACUACUGCUGCUGCAAUGUUGCACUAUUUACGAAAAACCUGUGAUUUUCCAAAAAAGUUUGUUCACGAGUGUCUUCCUAGAGAGUGUCGUGAAUUAUCGGUAAAUAGCAUUCGUGAUGUUGCCAUUGAAGCUGCAUAUUUUACAUCAGGAUAUGUUCCAAUUUAUGGUUCCUCUUUGCAAUCGUGGGGCACAGAAGACUCAGUCAAAGAAGCAAUUGAGAAGGGGAAAAGACUUAUUGCUGCUGAAAUGAAGGUGGGUGUCAGCAGAGCUGCUGUUAUGAGUGUUCCUGAUGCAUCAGAAAUACUGCAUGCCAGCAUUGGUGAUCAAGAACUAACUAAUGAACGGGUUGACGAGUUGCUGAAAACAGUUGAGCCUUGCAUUUAUGGAGGGACUCCACUCAUACAAGCCAUGGGCCAUUCAGUGGAUCUGUUUUCCUACCCAGAAUUUGCCAAUCAUCAGAAACUCCUAUUCAUUCUUUCAGAUGGUCAGCCAGCUGAUGGAAAUGACCCACCUCAAAAUUUGUCAAAUCUGGGGGUCACCACAGUGAGUUGUUUCAUAACAGACCAACUGCUAGCUGAUCCUCGUCAUCUGUACAGCAUUCUUGAUGAAAGUUGGGAAAAGCCAGCUAAGACCAUGUUCAAAAUGAGCUCCACCAUCACAACUCAGAAGAUACCACGUACUCUGUUUUUGAAGAGAGAAUGGAAGAUAGAUAUUGACAACAAUGAAACCAGACUCUUUUUUCAAGUGAACCAUCCAGACCUUAUCAAAGAUGUCUGUGACAUGGCCAAGAAGGGUGUCCUGAGCCAAGAUGCCCUUUCAGAUAUGCUCUCUACAGUUGAUCUGGAUCUUUACAUUAACAAGUCAAAUGAUAGGUUUGGAGCAAAGAGACAACAUGGAGGAACCUGUUAUGCAAAUGCAUCUGCUGCUGUUUUACACCUUGCCAUGAWGCGCAUAAAAGGACGAGAUGGUGGUUACCCAGAUUUCUUUGAAUUGAGGAGUGAAUUGAUUGCUAAAUAUGGAGAGGAUGGAGCUCCUACCAUGAAAGUUCUCAAAGAAGUUUGUCCAAAGUAUCGUCUGCGAUGCAAAGAGGUAGAUGCUGUUGGUGCUAUGAAGGCGGUUUCUGCUAAAAGACCAGUGGUUGCCAUAUUUUAUCUGAGUGGAGCCCAGUGGGAUCAGUUCUCUCAAUUCUACAAAGAGAAUCGGAAAGGAAUCCUUACAAGAUCCUAUCUUGAUUCAAAGCAUCACUCAACGACAAAGCCUAGUGGCCAUGCAGUAGUUCUCACAAGUUAUGAUGCUGAGAGCUUGCGUCUGAUGAAUUCAUGGGGGCAUAAGUGGGCAGACAAUGGGUUCUUCAGGGUGCAGAAUGCAGAUGUCCUACCAGGCCUAAAAUUCUUUGAUGUGUUCUGGACUUUGGCCAGUUUGAGUGAGGAAGAAAAGAAAGCCCAUGACCAAAAUGGUGCUGAAGUUGCUGCCAAAUUGGUGAGAUCACUGCAAGGAAUACAGACAGCCAAAUACAAGUGUCCAUUGUGCACUGUUGAAUCAAAAGUGGUGGAUUACUCUGGCCAUCUACUGGGAGCAAAGUGUCCUUCAUGCAGUGGAACUUUCAAUGCCAAUAAAGAAGGUGGUGACUUGGCAUUGAAUCUAUAUCUGACAUCACUGAUGCACUAGGUGCUAAUGACUGCUGAAGUACAAACCUCCUUAGAAAGUUUGGAAGGAUGUUAAACUUUUAUUAGAGACUUGGCUAGACAGGCAGUGGGCAUUUAUGCACUGCAAUUUUAGCUGAUACAACUUUGGUACCCUAUAUAAGAAUCACACUGGGAACACAAUCCCAACAGGGGCAAAAAUGAUACACUAUUUAAGGAUCGAGAAUCUCAAAAACCCUACCCUAUCCUGCAGCACAUAGCUCAUAUAUGGCAGUAACCACCCCCC